GUGGAAAUAAUGGAUAUCCCGAUGUGUACAUAUCUAAUGUCCUAUCAUUAUGAGGACAAAUAGUAUCGGUAUUAAGUUUUUAUUAAACAGGUGGUCGUUGUCAUAAUAGGUAAAUAGCCACAAUUUUUAACACUUAACCGGCUUUUACUUUUAAACCAUUGUAGUUUUUUCGACCAUGACAACAUGAGUUUGGUGAAUAGUUGAAUAUUUGAUAAUAGCAGGAUGUAAUUAUAUAUUGAAUUGAUAUCGCUUUCAAUGGUAAAUGGAUAAAAUGUGGAUCUUCACAGUUUUGUGUAUUACAUUUGUUUAUCCAUAUAGAACUGUGUAUGCGGAAUGCAAUAUCACACUAAAUAUGUUUGGAUAUAAAGAGGCUUUGUGUAAACAUCAAGGAUUUACAUCGAUUCCGGAGGAUUUACCACCUGAUAUAAAGAAAUUGGAUUUAAGUUACAAUAGACUGACCAGACUGGAUGACAACGGAUUUCAUAGAUACAAGUAUCUAGAAAAUCUAAUAAUUGAUAAUAAUGACAUCAGAUUGUUGCAUACUAAGGCUUUCUGUGGCUUAUCGUUAUUGAGACAUUUGUCUUUGUCUAAAAAUUAUCUGAAUGUAUCUGAAUCGUACCCUCAGGGAGUGUUUGAGUCUAUAAAUAAUUUAUCAGUUUUAGACAUUAGUAGAAAUAUGAAAACUCCAGACUCCAACCUAUAUAAAAUUCCCGUCGGCGGACUCAGUAACUUGCGUGAGCUCAGCAUUGAUCUUAUGUUUAAUGCAACGUUUGGACAGCACUUCAAGAAACUGUACAAUUUACAAAAGUUGAGUCUUGAUUAUUGCCACGUAAAUUAUAUUUACAAUGAAACAUUUUUACAAAUGCCGGUGAGUUUAAAGGAAUUCCACAUGACAACUUGUAAAAACUUUGUUGUCAUUGAAGGUGGAGUUUUAGUUCCGUUUCCACAUCUUAGAGUACUGAAUCUUACUAAUAGCAAUAUUCACUUAACACAAGCCCUUAACAUUUUACAUCCAUUUCAGAACAAAACAAUGGAUGCACUUCUUUUUCGCGGAAUAACUCGUCCAGAUUCAAAACAUAGCAUUGAUCCAGUAAUUCUUACACCAGAAAUGAUGAAAUAUGCAUAUACUAUCUGUAUAAAAACAAUUGACUUAUCCGAAAAUAACAUUAUAUUAGUUAAAAACAAAUCGUUAGUUUUGUUUCAACGUCCAGAGUGCUUUGAAAGUGUUAUUAUAUCUGCUAAUAGUUUUAGUAUGGAUGGCUGGGAAGUUGAUUUCGUCUUGUUUACGUUCAAGAUGAUCAACAUCAAAAUAAUAGACUUUUCUUAUUUCCCAUUAGGAUUCAAAAAUCCAAUUUUCCUAAACGUAGUAACAAGGGAUAACUUUACAAGAAUUGAAGAAGUUCAAGGUAAAUGGGCAAGACAGGCUAAUACCAUGGCAGUAUUAGUUCCGAGUCAAAUUCAGUUUUUGAGAUUAACUCAUUUUAUGACUGAAUUUUCCUUUCUGGAAAUAAAGAUAAGAAAUAGCUCCCUUCGUCAUCUUGAAAUAUCUUACCUUGAAACAGAUUUCUUUCCACUUAUAACUAUGGAAGGAUUUAACAGUUUGGAUUAUUUGGAUUUAUCAGGUAUAAGUUCAGUAAAAACUAUUGGAGAGGCGAAAAUUCCGCUUUUAAUCCAUCUGAAAACACUUAUCUUAAAAGAAACAAACUUAUUUAAUGUUUUGCAAACUAAUACAACAAUAUUUUUUUUUUGUCCAAAUAUAAUAAAUUUGGAUGUAUCAUAUAAUUAUAUCUGGAAAAUCAGAUCGAAUUCGAUUGGGCGACUUCUUUAUCUAAAACAGCUCAAUAUAUCUCAUAAUUUGUUGGAGACUGUUCCAGAUGUGGUUACAACAUUUUAUAACCUUGUUGAACUCGAUUUGUCGCACAAUCAAUUAACAACAAUUGGAAAGAAUAUACUUGAUUGGAUUGAUACCAUGCACAAAAAACAUGGAACUUUUGAAUUUUAUCUUAGUAAUAAUCCGUUUAUUUGUUCGUGUGACACAACGACAUUUCUGAGAUGGAUUUUGACGACACAAGUUACAUUAGAUGAAAAUGGAAAUUACUCUUGUUUGGUUUCUUCAAGAAAUAGUAUCAACUAUACAAGAAAUGUCGCUGAAAACUUUCAUCAUUAUUUUGUUGACUGUGAUACUACCGUCUGGAUCAAAUUGGGCAUUUCAUUGUUGGCUACUCUUUUAUCGAGUGUGCUGUGUAUUGCUCUAUUAUACAAUUUUAAAUGGAGGAUAAUGUUCUUUUUCUUUCGAAAUUUCCGAAGAUUUGCUGAGAAAGGUCUAGAGUUAACUUUUGAUUAUGACGUUUACAUUUCAUAUUCCGAUGACUGCGUUACUUUUGUGAAAGAAUUGCAAGAGAAGGUAGAGGAGGAAUGGGGAUUCAAAGUCUGCAUUGAAGAUAGAGAUUUCAUUAUAGGCGAAUCGAUUGCUCAUGAAAGAGCUACGUCCAUUAACAGAUGCAGACACAUAAUAUUUCUAGUAACGCCUUCAAUUGUUAAAAAUGAAUGGACUCGUUUUGAAAUCGAGAGAGCAAAAUAUGAAAAGUUUUCAAAAAAUCUGCAGAGGAUUGUUGUUAUUACAAGCGAUAUCACUCUGGAUAAUAUUCCCGUAGAAUUUUCCACAAUUUGGAAAGAUGUACUUCUUAUUCAAUGGCCUGUCGAGAAGGAUGCAGUCCAAAUGGCUUGGCAAAAGCUUCGACUUUGGUUUUUUUGAUAUAAUAUAAUUUAUAAAAGUUAUUGCAAACCCAAUGAAAGUUUUCCACAGUGCCAUCUCUAUCUUGACCAGGUAUUUAAACUUUUGUAAGUUCACCUGUCCUAUUGAAUAAAUACAAUAGCUAUUGUUCUCCAUGUAGUUUUUUCACUGGGAUCUUUAAAUUUCUUCUAAGAGAAAUCUAUCACUCAUUG